AUGCCUCCACUGUCAGCCUACACUCCCCUCGAAUCCCUCCUUUUCUUCCAGUCUCUCGCCACGCUAGGUCGCCAUCCCGUGAACUUUGCGUCUAUCUCGGAUGUAUUGCGCAACAACGACUUCGUCCGCCAGAAUGUUGCUUUCGAUGCGGACCGGCUUGCGCCGGAGGCUCUCGAGGACUUGUACACGACCUUGAUGCGCGAAGGUGUGGACAGCAUCGGAGCUGCCCAGGUUUCUGAGCAGAAUGGGGUACAUGCGGAAAAUCCACUGAAACGUAAAAUCGCGAGUCCCCGCCCGGAGGUUCCAGCUGGUAUGGGAAGACCCCAUGCUAGUCUCGUUCCUGAUUUGGUGUCACAUCUAUAUGCCAGAUAUAAGGAGCUCGUGACCCGGGAGAUUCGGAACGAGGAGAAAAGGUUCAAGGAAAUUCGAGAUGAAAUUGAGCGACUACAGAAGGAGGAGCGACGUGGCCCACCACAUUCAGUACCUACGACAACACCCAUAACCGCUCCCGCAGUCCAAACGCAGCAGGCGAAACAGGAACUUGCGCCGGACCUAAUGGACUUGGAUAUCAAGGAGGAACGGCCUGCUCGGCAACUUCGACCUGAACUUGAACCACCACCUGUUCAGCUGCCGUCGAAAGUCGAUAUUAAGCAGAUUCAGCAAGAGCCGCAGAUGAAGGGUUUUGUACCUCCUCCACAGAAGGACACACAACCAAAUCUUGCCUCACGGCCACUGGAGAAUGCGGUCGUACAAGCACCCCAAAUACCACCAACGCCACCGGUUACAGUGUCGCACCUCGAACAGGCCAAGAAGGUACAGCAAUCACCGCAGCUACAUGUGCAAGAACCGAAACCGCAACCACAGCCAAUUUCUUCCCAUCCCCAAUCCAUCCCCCACGUGCCUGUCGACGUACUGCCACAGCGGCAGCCGGUUAACGGAAAUGGGCCGCCGAUAAUUCAACAAGUCGCGAACAAUCUGCCCGCAACCACUCCUGCGACUCAAAGAGUGACAAAUGUGCCACCUGCGAAGUCACAGAGACCAUCUGUUGCUCCUACACCAAGCCCUGGUGCAGUGCCAGCAUUCACAGUAGCACCGUCGCCAGCUCAGCAGACCCUCCAGAAGCCUGUCCCUACCCCCGCUCCACAACCUGUUCCAGCGGCCAGGUUCGCGGGCAGGCAAGGCCCUACAGUCCCCACCACUGCCCCCGUGCCUCAACGCCUCCCACCGCAACCGACUUUUCAACAAUGGUCUCUUAACAAACCGCCUCAUACCCCACGGUCAUCCUCCGUUGCUACCCCGCAAACCCUCUCUGAGAAGCGCGGUACCGCUGCAAGACCCAUUCCCACCCCUCUUCCUCAAGAGACUCCGGCUCCAGAAAUUAGAAAGACGCAGCAAAGUGUACCUCCCGCAACAGCUCCAUCUACCCCGGGCCCCCCCCCUACCCCUGGCUCAACAGUCGCUCUCAAAAGCCAGGCCCAGGGUUAUCAUACACCCGUUGGGGCUGCACAAGCAUUGCUUUCUGAGGCACGAGGCGCUCGUGUUCCCCAACUCUCUAUUAAUACAAGAUCUUCCACCCCGUGGAAGAGCACACCACGUCUCAGCAUCCCUAAGUCGCCUGGAUCCCCAGAAAGACCUCGGCCAGAGGACGUUAGUCCCAUCAGCGAGAGGGCUCCGUCUCCAAUUGACUUUCCUGAAGUUCCGCCGGAAGAGGCGGGAGGUCGCAGGACCAAGCGCCGGAAUGUGGAACAGAAGGCGACCAGAGCAAGCCGAGAACCUAGUCUACCCAGCACAGAUGGAGAACCCAAGGGAAGACCCAAAGCCAAGGUAGAAAACCCCUCUGUGUCUGCUGCAGGGAAAAUGCGUGAUAGGAGCGCCACCUCAUCCAGGAGUCGCGGAAGAUCGAUGGUAUCGCGCGAAGAGGAAGCUACCUCGGAGACGGGACAUGGCUUGAAUGGAAAAAUCAAGCAUGAGCUCUCUAGUACGCCGGCUGCUUUUCCAGACGUGCCUGAAACUGAGACCCGUGUUGUUGGAACUCGGAAAGGGCCUACCACAUGGGCACAGCCUGAGGAGCGCCCAGGGCGAGGAAGACCGAAACGAAAACGUGGAACGAGUGACGCUCCGGAGCCGGAGCCACUUCAGACGGAACUUAGUCGGCCUGAUAUCGCCCAGUCUGCCCCGUAUGUGCUUUGUCCUCGUAAUUUCCCCAGAACCGGUGCACCCAUCAUGAACGAUGUGACCACGCACAAGCAUGCCUCUAUAUUUGCGAAGCCGCUUGCGGAACGAGAUGCACCUGGGUAUCGAGAUCUCAUAUAUCGGCCGCAAGAUUUGAAGUCAAUCAAAUCAUGCAUUCACCAGGGUAGUAGAGCCGUAGCCGCCGCUACUGAGGCUGCCAACACACCCGUCGCAGACGGGGAGUCGCCGGCCCCGAAUGCAGCCACGCCGUCUAAGAACGCUGUCCUCGUGCUGCAAAAGACAGAGGACGUCAUCCCUCCCAAGGCCAUUGUCAACUCGGCGCAGCUGGAGAAAGAGUUGAUCCGCAUGUUCGCCAACGCUGUCAUGUUCAACCCUGUUCCCCAACGUGGAUUCGGACCUGCAUUUCCAAUGACCAGCGAUAGCGGGUCGAGAGAAAGUACCUUGGUCCCUGAAUCUGACGAAGGGGGCAUCAUCAAAGACACUCUCGAGAUGUUUGAAGAUGUUGAGCAAGCAGUGACGCGAUGGCGUGCAGCUGAGCGGACUGCAGAUGAGCUAGCCAGCAAGAGUGUCUUGUCACUUCGAAGAGGCAGCACGAGCGACAUGAACAUCGACAGUGCGGACGAAGUCAAGGGCUCGUGA